AUCACAAACGAAAUUAAAGGAAAUGGAGCAAAGAGGGAAGAGAGAUGCAUAUACAACAAGUAACCCAUAACAUGGCACAUCGCACAUGCACAUUGUUAGGUGGCAGUUAGCCCUUCAUUAAUUUCGGCCACCAAAAGUUACGAUCUGUGGCCUUAAUUCCCACUCCAUCGUCUUUCAUUAACUCCAACAGCUACCCUCUUCUCACUAGCUAGCACAGAAUUUAAACCAUUCCUUCUGCAAACGUUGUAGAACGAGAGAGAGAGAGAGCAAAGAUCGCAAACAUGGUGACGGCUAAAGUACCCGGAGUUGCCGCCAUGGUGGCUGCGGCGUUGCUCUUUAGUGCAUUUUACAACGUGUCUGCGCAGGGACCGGGUCCGGGUCCGGGACCGGCACAGGCUGAAGCACCGUCAGGGCUUGGGGAGGGACCGGCUCCAUCAGCAACUGCUGGGUGCUUCGACAUCCUGCUGAACAUGUCAGACUGUCUAACGUAUGUGGAGGAUGGAAGCAAGACGACAAAGCCGGACAAAGGUUGCUGCCCUGAGCUGGCUGGGUUGGUGGAUAGCAACCCAAUCUGCCUCUGCCAACUGCUUGCGACCAACACCACCGCAAGCUUCGGGAUCAAGAUUAAUCUCAAAAGGGCUCUCGAUCUUCCUUCUGUUUGUGGUGUUUCAACCCCUCCUGUAAGCGCGUGCUCAGAUGCGGGAAUAGCCGUGCCCCCUGUUGGUGCUCCAACUUCGAGUGAGGAUUCUGCCUCUCCAGGGGCUCAACCUUCAGGACCCCCGUCAACCGGAAACAAUGUCAAUGGAGCUUCAAGCAUCUUAGGAUCUGCUAUACCUUUUACUCUUGGCUUAGUGAUUGCCUUUUUUCCAACGUUGUUCUGAUCUUAUAUUUAUGUGACUCAGUUGCAUUUUUAGACGUUGUACCCAGAUUUAUUUAAUAGACACGUGUUUUAAUUACAGUUCAUCUUCUGUCUACUAGCAAAUAAAAUAACAGAGGACUUCCAAUUUAUUCGUGAAAAUUGGAGAUUUAAUUUUGUAACAGCU